CCUCAACUCACAAAGCUGAAGCAGGCAGAAUUAAAACAGGGUUUCGACGAAUCACUUCCUGGUGGCUAAUUCACAUUCCUUGGCGGUAGCAACAAGGCAACCAUUCCGUGGAAGAGUUUAUCCUUAUUCCAGACUUUGGUGCCUGCUCGCUCUCUGAUUAUUAACCGUAUCAACUCAAUGCCGGCGUCGAGCCCGGAAGAGGCGCUUUUUUUCCACCAAAACAUUCAUCACAUUAGACCGUUCGCUUGCAUGAAAAGCGUUAGGCUCAGUUUAUAGCAGCAUUCACGCUACAGAUUCUGAGAGGGACUUGAGGGACUUGACAAGAUGGGAAGAAAGUCGUCGGCUGGGCCUACCUCCUCUACGGCUCUAGAUAAUUCUUCUUCCCUCCCUAGACGUACUUCCUUGAGAUUGGCCCAAACAGCUACCGCAACCAGGGGCAAACCGGAUAAUCAGUCAGAGGCGGCAGAUAGCGAGGAGGAGCCCCCAUUUUUGAGGACUACCAGGUCGCGGAGGAGUAGCAGGCUUCCAGUCCUUGAGGUUGCCAUUCCAUUCAAGAAACCUGCGCCUUAUAAUUCAUCUUCUUCGUCUGUGGCGGCUGAUGAUACCUCAAGAGACGGAACGCUUGAAUACAAUACCCCGGCCACCAGCGUCGUCAAUACCCCCGCCGAAUCAGAUGUUGGACAACCAAAGAAGAGAGUGAGCGCUUCUGCUCGAGCUCGGGAAUUGCGUUCGAGUAUGAUGUCUCUGGGUACUCAAAAGGGGGUGAAGAGGCCUGCAGAUGUAGUAAUGGAUGAUGAUUAUUCUACACCUGAAAGCGCAGAUGCAGCUCUAGCCCGCAGCCUUCAACUCGAAGAAUAUCAGGGCCUAAACACAAAGCGUCAGAAAUUGACCGGAGAUUUCGCCUUGGAAAUUGGAAACUCUACAGAUGAUAGCGUUUUAUCGGAACUCGAUGAUAAUGAAUACCUGGAACCGCAAGCACCUCCUCAGCGCAGCGGCAGGAAUUCUCGCAGAUUGACGGGGCGCUCUGUAAUCCCGGAUAGUGAAGACUUCAUCGACUCUGAAUUUGAGAAAGAAGAAGAACUAUAUCAGAGUGACGCCGAGUCAAGUGAUUCGCCGUCUUCUUUAAGCGAAGAGGAACCCCUCAUAGCGCAGAGAGCCGCACGUACCAGCAACACCAGCAAUGCCAGAACCAAUAAUGCCAGAAACAACAGCUCCAGAACCACAGAUAUCAGACAAAAUCGAGCUCAAGCCCGAAGGCAAGCAAGAGCCACUCUCGCCGCUCAACUCGCUUCGGGGAUGAGUCGUCGUGCUAUAAAAGAACGAAAGAAGUUGGAAACGCAGCAUCCUUGCAUUCUUUCAAUGUGGGACGAAUUGAGAAACAACCCUCCUAUUACUCCCAUACAGGCACAGCAGCCUGCGAGUAUCUCCAGAACACUCAAGUCAUUCCAGCUGGAGGGUCUAAAUUGGAUGAUGCAGCAAGAAAAGUCUCAGUACAAGGGAGGCCUUCUUGGUGACGAGAUGGGCAUGGGCAAGACAAUUCAGGCUGUGUCUUUGCUUAUGUCUGAUUAUCCAGUCGGAAAACCAUCCCUGGUGGUAGUUCCACCGGUUGCUUUGAUGCAGUGGCAAUCCGAGAUCGGGGAAUAUACAAAUGGACAACUCAAAGUUCUCGUCUAUCAUAACUCGAAUUCGAAAGUCAAAACGCUUCGAAAAAAGGAUCUCGAGAAGUACGAUGUGAUCAUGAUAUCCUACUCGGGCCUUGAGUCCAUUCAUCGAAAGGAAUGGAAGGGGUGGAACCGCAAUGAUGGGAUUGUGAAGGAAGACAGUGUCAUUCAUUCAAUUCAUUACCACCGACUCAUCCUAGACGAAGCUCAUAGCAUCAAGCAACGUACCACAAGUGUUGCCCGUGCCUGCUUUGCGCUUCAAUCCAACUACAAAUGGUGCCUCUCAGGUACUCCGGUUCAGAAUCGAAUCGGUGAAUUCUUCUCUCUGCUACGGUUCCUGGAAGUCCGACCUUUUGCGUGCUAUUUCUGUAAGCAGUGCAAGUGUCAGCAACUCCACUGGUCACAAGAUGCGCAGAAGCGAUGCACCGAGUGCCGACACAGUGGAUUCAGUCAUGUAUCAAUCUUCAACCAGGAGAUUCUGAAUCCGAUCACUGAAAGAGAUAAUCCGGAUGCGCGCAAGGGAGCCCUGGCAAAAUUACGUCUUAUCACAGAUAGAAUCAUGCUGAGGCGAGUCAAGCGGGACCAUACAGCUUCCAUGGAGCUGCCACCAAAGCGUGUGAUUCUACAUAAUGAAUUCUUCGGCGAGAUUGAACGUGAUUUCUCCAGGAGUAUCAUGACCAACUCUUCCAGGCAGUUUGAUACUUAUGUGAGCCGUGGUGUCAUGUUGAACAAUUACGCUAAUAUUUUCGGCCUAAUCAUGCAAAUGCGGCAAGUUGCAAACCAUCCGGAUCUGAUUCUGAAAAAGCAUGCGCAAGGUGAGCAGAAUGUCCUUGUCUGCUGUAUUUGCGACGAGCCCGCGGAAGAGGCAAUCAGAUCUCGCUGCCGCCAUGACUUUUGCCGUCGUUGUGUCAAGGAUUAUAUUCGCUCAUUUGAGAUGGAAUCCGUGGUUGAUUGCCCUCGUUGCCACAUUCCCCUCUCCAUUGACUUGGAGCAGCCGGAUAUGGAACAGCACGAAGAACACAUUAAAAAGAAUUCAAUCGUCAAUCGGAUUCGAAUGGAGGACUGGACAUCUUCCACGAAAAUCGAGAUGCUUGUCUACGAGCUUUACAAGCUGCGAAGCAAGAAGCAGACUCUCAAAUCGAUUGUUUUCUCCCAGUUUACCUCCAUGCUUCAGCUGGUCGAAUGGCGUCUCCGUCGAGCCGGUUUCAACACGGUCAUGCUUGACGGAACCAUGACACCCGCGCAACGGCAAAAGUCGAUUGACUACUUCAUGAACAAUGUGAACGUUGAGGUUUUCCUUGUCUCCCUCAAAGCAGGCGGAGUGGCCCUGAAUCUUACUGAGGCCUCACGGGUUUUCAUCGUGGAUCCGUAAGUUUUACCUACUCAUUUCCAAAAAAAAAAACAAUUGCCGGUCUAUUUCCUCAUACUAAAGCUUUCUCUUUCAACUAGUUGGUGGAAUCCUGCGGCUGAAUGGCAGAGUGCAGAUCGAUGCCACCGAAUCGGACAACGGCGUCCGUGUGUGAUCACACGGCUGUGUAUCGAAGAUUCCGUGGAGUCUCGCAUUGUUCUGCCCCGAGGAUAUGCAGUUC